AUGUCAACUUUUCUCUCAGAUAUCCAUCCAAAUCCUCGCUUUUCUCCUAUUCAAUAUGAGCCACAAUUUUUGCACAACAACAAUCAAUAUUUGAGACAUUCUUUCGGAGGAAAAGAUGCGACGGAUGAAAUUGCGGAAUUGCUUCCGGCCGACCUAUGCGAUUUCAUUUUGGACUCCCAACAAGAUAAUGAUGAUGAAGAGGAACGGCUUCUCAAUUUGGAUCAAGUCUCACAUCCCGAUUAUGCUGAUAGUAUGACUCCUUUGGUGUCGGCUGAAAACUUUGAAACACCUCAUGUUGUUGCUGGAUAUUAUCAACAACCAAACCCAGAACCACAUCAGCAAUCAUCAAGCUAUGUUGAAAUUUCUGAAGCAAACAUUCAACUAUCAAAUCGCGCUGUCGGCGUUCCACCACAUGGAGAAUUCUACUUGCCGAUGACAUCAAAUAAUGAUUAUGGAUCGGAGGUCCCAUCAACAUCAUUCUCUCCUUUAUCUCCAAUUCUUACCACUCCAUCUACUCCGGAAAACUCUUCUGUUUCCCCAAAAGCUGAAGAAAAGAAAAGGGGACGAAAAGCGAUUUAUCGUGGAGAUCGAAAUGAAAAAAAUAAGCAGAGCCGUGAUCAUUCAAGAAAUAAACUCAAACAAAUACACCAGAAUUUUGAGCAUUGUGCAGCCAAAUUAUCAACCCAUGUUUUAUGGCUGAGAGAUUUGACUCAACGUUUGAGUCAACCAUUCGAAAUGUUCAGCACAACUCCACAAGAUGCCGAGCGUUCACAAGAAGUUUUGCGUAUUGCUGUCGAAAUCGAACGUGUCUUUACACAAUUGAGUGAUCGACAUCGAAAAAAUGGUGAUCGAACAAAGGUAAAGAAAGUUAACGGCGGAAUUGGGAAAACGACUAAAGCUACAGCUCGAUCGUCAAGAAGGACAACUGAAGAA